AUGUGCGUAACUUGGCAACCGCGCUCGUUAACCGCGCUCGAUGCUGUACAUGAAUGUGCCCGAAGAAUCUAUCGACUUGUCUCUCGCUUCUGUCGGCGAUUAGCAGCCAGAAUGUCUGGAAAGCCUAAUCCAAAAGUAUUUCUCUGUAGAGAUUCGCGAGGAAGUGCUGCAGCACCUGCGUCAUUUGAAAAGGUUUGUGAAAUUGAAGCCACGACAGGGCUGCAUUUCUGCACGGCAUUGUGUUCUAUUGCCAAACGAGGACUGCAUGAACACUUUAAGCUUUGAAAGUCUUCAUUAAUUUGUGUAUUUUAAGUCAAAGUAUAUGAGCAUUUCUUUGUGUGAUGUGUUUGUUAAAAUAUGGUCAGGAUAAAUCAUAAUACAGCAAUCCAUGCAUUCGAACUGGAUAGGCUGGGACCCCCAGGAGGGGGGUUACUUGGGUUAAUUUUUGCUAGGUAUGUGCCGCUAGACUGCUUGCAGUCCGCCUUUUCUCUUAAAAUCUGUUUAGUUCUUGAUCUCAUCCAGCACAAUUGCAAACCACGAUGUUAUUAUAUAGGGAUCGAGAGUAAACGAGAAAAGAUGGACUGCUGACUCUUUUGUAGUAAACAAACCCUCCAUCAGACAGAAACAGAGUAACCGAUUGGUCAAUUGCACAACUGUUGACAGAUCAUUUACUAGUCUGUGGUGAGAUUGCAAGCAAUAAACAUAGUCACGCAUCACAAACAACUGCAAACAAUAGCAAACCAAGCAGUAAUCUCAGUAAUAAAACUUUUAAGGAUAUCUUACAGAAGGAAACUGCUGUACAUUUUCUCAAGGGAAACAAAUUCAAGGCAAUCUUACUGGAUUUAAAGAAAGUGUAAUAUUUUCAGUUGUUUAUGUUCUAUUUAGUAAUCGUUUCAAGUUACUUGCGUUUAAUUGAUUAAAUAAAAAUAACCUUGACAGCUUCGUUGUCCCCAGACAGAACAAAAAGGUCAGCAGUCUCUUCUUUUUUCUUUUCGGGCUUACGUGCUCAUUUCUCACGGCAAGCAGCUUCGCCGCUUGCGUGCUUAGGUUUUGCGUGUAGUAACUUAGCAAAGAAAAAUAAGAGACUGCUCGCUGUCAAAUGUGCCGCUGUCCUCCCAGAGCCCCUUCCCCGGUAUAGUCUAGUCUGUGGUCAAUUACAGACCCCAUUUUAGUCACUUUGGAGCAAAUAUGUAAUUUUCACAAUCCCAACUUAGUCACCUUCUAUUUAUGUAUCUACUUUAACAAUCCUUUAAAUUGGUCAUCCUAAAAUGAAUGGACUCAUUUUUUGAAUUGAAUAAAGAACACUUUACUUUUCAUCUACAGUACAAACAGUAACUGUUGCCUGGUUAGCUCAGUUGGGAGAGCGCCGGUCUGCUGAGCGGGAGGUCGCGGCUUCAAACCCCGGCCGAACCAACGCUUAGGGUCUUUAAAUAACUGAGAAGAAAGGACUGCCUUUGUAAUGACAUCUGCAAAUGGUUAGACUUUCUAGUCUUCUCGGAUAAGGACGAAAAACCAUAGGUCCCGUCUCACAGCACUUUCACUGAUCUGUUCUUGUGGGAUGUAAAAGAACCUACACUACUGUUCGAAAAGAGUAGGAGACGUAGACCCCGGUGGUGUGGCCAACCUUAACAGGUUGUGGGAUUGGGAAUGGAUGCCACCUUGCAUGGGACUUGUGAGUCCCGUUCGUGCCUAUUCCCUCUGGGCAGGCCUGUGUCCAGAAAAGCUUGUAAAACAUUCUGGUAUGUUUGCUAACUGGAAAUAUGAAGAACUGUCUUACCCCAAAAAUCAGAAAAUGUGCGACGCCAUUCUAGUAACUCUAUAGUCAAUUCAGUCUUGAAAAUGUGACCCCAUCCAGCAGCACAUCCCCAUUAGCCUCUUGUAAGGAAGUACCCCCUAGUUGGGACAAGGGUUAGUGUCUUGAUACACCCAUGAUUCUCCCCAUGAGCACGGCUGUUUUUAUAAGUUUUCAUACCUUAGCUAAAAUCAGCAACAAAAUUAGCUGAGACGCCUCUCCUUAAAGGAGCUUUCUGAUGUUUUAAUAACCUCCAGAGCAGAAAAUAAAGCUCUUUCUGCCUCAUACCCUCCUUGCAAUGUUGCACAGGCUGUUAGAGCGACCUUUAGGAAUUAACAAACACCCAACUUUGAGUGGAGGUAAGGGGGGGAGGGGGGGGGGGUGGAUUUCUUUUUUACCCUAUUUGAGAGCACUGUCUCAACAAUUUUGUUGCUGAUUGUAGAUAACCCUGUUUCGGUGAUGUUAUGCAUUUCCUGUACUUUUUUGUUCAGGAUUUUUUAAAAAUAAAUUUUUACAAGGUUCUUUAUUGUUCAAUAACAAUAAGCCUUUUAGAUAGUAUACUGCCAUAUUAUUUAUUUAUUUCAUUAUAUUUUUGUUUCAUUUGGCAGUGUUGUCUUACUGUAUUGGGCUGUAGUCAAGACAAAAUGGAUAUCGGAUAUGUCUAUGAGGAUGGGAGACUAGAGAUUUACCCUAGUGGACAAGGAAUCAAACUAGCAGUAAGUUCUUCUUAAUAUUACACUCAAUCUUUUACUUAAUUUAUUAAGUAGGUACAUGGUCACACAUGAUAGUUAAUUUGUGCAGUGGGGUUACAUGUAUGCACAGUCAGUCUGUACUUUUGCAGUAAUUUAGGGCCUAAUAAUUACAAUCAAAAUUCUCUGCACCUGUAGUAUUUUAAGGGUUGCCGAGUCAAAAUUUUCAGUCAUGGGGACAGGGUGAUAAAGACACCUCUGUUUCAUACUUAAUGUGCAUAAUUACACUUUUAACAAAAGACAGUAAGAUUCUUGCAGAACUAAUGGUACACUUUGGUAUUGUUAGCAUCCUGGUAGGUGUCCUUGCCGUUUUCUAACAUCAUCAGAUAUUGCAAAUAUACCAGACAGAGAAAGAAGUCAAGGUGUGAAAGUAGCAGUGGCAGUCCUGCUGCAAUCAUCUGAUGGGCGGGUGUUGUUGACAAGAAGACCAGAGCAUAUGCGCACAUUCCCUAAUGUCUGGGUUCCUCCAGGUAUAGUCAUGAUUUCCUCCAGAAAAAGUGCCUUGCAUUUCCUAGAUAUGUAUUAGCAUGCUUCCAAAUUUCUAUCUUAGCCACCUGUAGAGAAUCAGAAAACAUACUGCAUUGCUGUUCUUGGCUCAAACAGAUUAUACUUGAAAUGAAUUAAAGCUUAUUUAGUAAUAUCCUCCACUAUUCCGUCAAAUUCAAAAACAUAUGUUUCUGUUUUUCAAAGUGCGGAAAGAUUAAUAAUUAAGACUAAUGAUUCAACAAACAUGGAAUGACUUCAAUUUUCAUUUUUUUGCAGUAAAACUUUGGUCUUUUUGCAUAAGUACAGUAUUAACCUAUCUAAUAUUGAAAGCCUUAUACUAAUAAGGAAUAUAUGGAAAAUUUAUAAGCUCCUGGUUUAAAAGAAAUAUAUAUUUAGCAAUUAAUGAAUGAGGCUGAGUAGGAUAUGAAGAGUGUGCAGAUCGAGGUGGAUAAUAUGUCCCUUCCAAGAUCUGCAUAAUUCUUUAUAGCCUACGAAAGCCAAAUUUAUUAAUUACUUUAUUAUUCAUUCAAAAUAAUCCCUAGUUUAAAAACAGGUAGAUUACCUUCGUCAAUCAGUUAAGUUCACCUCGGUAGUGCAUGUUUAGAAGAUAAAGGGCUGUUCAGGUCUGCAAAUAUACUCCAAAUUGUAGAUGUUGUCCAUCAAAUUGUCUUCUUGCUAUAUGUUUUUAGACAAUAGUUUGUCGUGAAACGAGUAAAAUGUUCCGCCGACUGUGUGGGCAUUUUUCUUUUCACAGCCAAAACAACUCAACCUCGUCCCCAGGUCUUAGUGGUUAACGGUGCGCACCUGCAACUGGGGAGAUGACAAAACGUGGAGCCCUACUCCAUGGAGUACCCUACGGAGUACCUAAAAUGGAGUACUCCUAAAAAUCAUGUAUUGGUAAAAUAAAAUACUUUAUCAACAUGGUGAAUUGUUUAGAUGUACAUAGCUUUAUUUUGAGCUUGCCAGCCCUCUGAUUAAUGUUACAGUUUAAUGCAGUCUUGGAAUUGACCCCCUUCUUCUUAGCAUUAAACUGCUGACCACUUCAAACGAAAGGCCUAUGCAGGGCCGCUUGGCCAGGAUCAGCCAGGAUGUCAAGCACCAUGGACAAUGUAGGCUUAUCAAGCACAGGUGGGUACUUUUGAAACGUAUACAGCUAUUUCGAGAAAGGUUGUCGGAAAACAUGUGCACGCGACAAUCCCGAAAAGUAAUAUGGGAUAUGAUCAAUACACUGUUCCUGACAAUGUAGCUGUCGAACCUACUUUUGUUGCUUUCCUUUAGCACCCGCAGACAUAUUUCCACGGCCUCAGCUGACGGCCUCUCCUGCCAUUCUUUCAAAUUUCUUUGAAAAACAGUGAGCUCAAAGCCACCCACAAUACCUUUCGGGUUUGUCGCGUGCACUUUUUCCGACAACCUUUCUCGAAAUAGCUGUAUAUAAUAAGGUCAAAUUUAAUCAAGUAUAGUUUAAAACUUUUUAGCUGAAUUUUUUUUGUUGUUUAAUUGUGUCAACAGAUGAGGAAUGCUGCAUCACUAAUACACACAUGGAAAAAGCUAGGUAUGGCUGUAAGCUUAACAAAGUCCCCUAAACUACAAUGAAAAAUUUGGCCCUUUUGGCCUCUUGAAAAAGAAAAUGCUUGAGGAUGCUGGGCAUUUGAGGUGGUCAGCAGUUUAAUGUUAAAUUUCAAGAUGGCAGUCAAUUCAUGGACUGUGUCAAACUGUGACAAUCGGGGAGCUGUCAAGCUCAAAAUAAAUAAAGGUAUGUACAUCUAAAUGGUUCACCAUGUUGAUAAAGUAUUUUAUUUGACUAAUACAUGAUUUUUAGGGGUACUCCAUUUUGGGUACUCCACAGGGUACUCCAUGGAGUAGGGCUCCACAUUUUGUCAUCUCCCCUUGCAACUGUGCUGCACUUUUGACAUCAUGGGUUGAGUAAUCACAAAAUUCUUCCAGAUUUGGUCAACAGUAGCUGAUUAUGGGGAAUUAUGCGUGUACUUUUAGCUAAUCAGAAACAGAGAAAUAUUUUGAAUGAAUAUAUAAUAAAUAUAUUUAUAUUCACUGUACAUAGGAUGUUGCAUAUUAAUUACUACCGGUACAUUGCACAUUUUUUUUGUAACAUUAUACAUGUACUUAACAAUAUUAUCUCUUCAUUCUGCUUGAGACAGCUGACGGUUUAAAUAUUUCAAUGAUAAUAUUAUUACAUAAAUUUACAUGCUUCAAUAAUGUUUCUGUAUACACAGAAUAUUGGUAGGGAAAACACAUUUCGUUUUGACUGUAUUGUAUGUGACAUUUACUUUGUACGUGCAGGGGGUCAUGUGGAAUCAGGAGAAACUGUAAGUGUGUGCAUUCCCCAAAUAAAUUUUAAAUAUUAAUUAUCAGUAAUAUAAUUAUUAACAUUUCGCCAUUUUCACAUUGCCCAUAAUACACCAUGUACCUUGUUUACCCCCGAUCUUUUUCAUAGUCAUUAUUUUCAAUUUCAAAUUUUUGAAAAUAUUUUAAUGUACGGUGUAUACUUAAUUUUGUUUGGAAUGCAAAUUUAUAUGCACAAGUUUAAAGUGCAACUGUGUCUUGUUGAAGUAACCAAAUGCAAUCAAUGGAAGUUUAAACCAUUGUGGGUAAAAGCUCUCAAUAAUCUGUUCAAACAGUCUUGAUCCACACUGUAGUUAUGCAUGCACGUUUACAUUUUUUUUUUUCUAAUGAAAUUUUGACCAAGUUACAUGUACAUGUUAAAUAUCAGGUUACAGGAUGCUGCUUACUGUAGGAUUCCUAAUUCUUGCAUUGUGGUCUCUGCAACAGAUUAUUAACGGAAAUUACAAAGUUUAACAUUACUACAUGACUUGUGUAAUAGUUGGCUUUUUUUCCAGCUUUAUCAGGCUGCUCUUAGAGAGCUAUCAGAGGAAACAGGAUUGAGGUUUUCAGAAAAUGAUCUCAACAUUUCAACACUUGGUCUCUGGGAGGUACAGUUCAGUGCUAACUUUCUUGGUUUAUCCAAACAAUGUACAUAUAACUGUAACAGUUUGGGCUGUUUACAGAUUUGAAAGCAAACUCAUCAUUACUUGCGUGUGUAUGUUACUUGUCAAUAUCACAGUGUGUACAUGUACCAAUAUUUCCUUGAAUAGUAGCUGUCCCUGGAUUAAUCACCUCGAUCUCUCGAAUAAUCGCCCCCUUUAGACUGAAAUAUUUGAAGCAAUUGCCUUCCUCCAAUAAUCAUACGUUCUCUUUUCAUCCACCAAGGUCGAGAAAGAUGCGCAUAUUGCACUAUGAAUUAAGGUCAAAAUGUGCAUUCCUUAUUUCCAGCACAAAAUUGUUAAUAAAAGGGUUCCACCCUUGACCCCCGUGCUUGGUGACUGCCUACAGACACCGUAACGUGACUAACAUGGUCUUGUUUUCUUGAAAUAUAAUCAGUCUGUACCAGUGAAAACUUCCAUUAAAAAAAAAAAAAACAAAAGAAAAAAAAAAACUUCCCUCUUUUCUCCAUUAUGUUCUUUAUUCCACAUUUUGAAUUUAUGAAAUUCGUAUAUUUAUCAUUUGAUCUUCAUCGUUCUCUUGUAUGCGAAACAACUAAUGGCCAGCUUCCAGACCAGUUGGCUGGUUAGCUCAAUUGGUUAGAGCGUUGCACCGGUAUCCCAAGGGAACACUUUAGAUUUCAAGUGACAGAAGGACUUUUGGGGUUUAAAAUUUUUGAUUCAGGGAUUUUUUGGGGUACAUGGAGGAAUAUUUAGCGAGUAUUUUUUUUUGGUGGCGUGCUUUAAGUAGGGAUUUUUUAGGGGCUUUGUUGGAGACUCAAGGGAUUUUUUUUGGUUUUAAUUUUUGGUUUCCAUUCGAUAACCCCCCUCACUUGAAAUCCGGAGCACCACCCCGGCCUGGGACCGGUAUCCGGGUUCGAAUCCUGGCAAGUCUGAAGUUUAUUCAGGGUUUAUUUCGCAACUGCGUAAGUUGCAUAUUCAACUCUGAUGAUCAUCUCUAAAAUCAUUUUAUUCUAUUUUCUUUUCGGCCGGCAGUCUGUGUUUCCACCUAUUCUCUCCAUGGAGCCUUGUAGACCUGUACGGCAUCAUAUUGUAGUGUACCUUUUGGCUCAAACCAAAGAAGACCACAGCACUUUGAAUGGGAGGCUAAGGUUGCAUCAAGAGGAAGUCGAUGCAGCCACUUGGCUAGAUGAGGAAACAGCCACCCAGGCAGCUGCUAGCGAUGACUUUGGCCAAUCAUUAAAGGUUCCGCAAAGAUAUUUUAGGUCAGUUAACAGACGACGCAUGCAUUCCAACUUCUAUUUAGCGGUUUCACCUGGGGUCCUUCACCUAGGAUUAAGGACUGUUUGUCAGCCGCUACAGUCAACUCUUUCUAAGAAGGGACCAGCACUUUGUGGCCGUCUUAAGCGUAUUUCCACUGUCGCAUAAUCUUUACUUGCGUAGGCGCGUAAAAUUUACGUGCGUAAAUAAAAUAGAGGCAAUGUAUGGAAGGUCGCGUGUACAUUGUAAAUAUUAAAAGUUGAACCUCGCUCAACUUUUACGUUUACACGCAGCCUUUCAUACAUUGCCUCCAUUUUAUUUACGCUCGUAAAUUUCACACGCCCACGCACUCGCGUAAUUUUUACGAUUGCACGAACGUAAAUUAUAAUGAAAGGUCGCGCGUAAUGUAAGAGUAUAACCUCACUCUACCUGACUUAAACCGCCACGCCCGACCUUUCAUACACUGCCUCUAUUUUAUUGACUGCUUACGAAAUACGUUACAAGAAUUUAAGCGUUAAGUUCGGUAAAAAGUUCGGCGUCUGAAUCAAACUUUAAGGCGUUCCACAGUCGAAAUUCCCGGCCGGGCUAGGCGUAAAGAACGGCUCAGUUCCAAAUUAAAACAGGCGUUCCUAAUUUAUUCAGAUUCCGAACUUUUCGUGUACUUGAUUGAACGUAUUGGGUUCGGCUCAUGAAAAGUACGACGCCUGAACCGGGCCUUAGCGAGGUGUCCGUUAAAAGGGAGCUGAGUUUGAAAAAGCCAGUCUACAUUUGUUUUUAGAUUUCGUUGUCUGCUGUUUUUACUGACGUCUACUCAAUCCAAUAUGGCAGCUGAUCGCCUCACAUCUUGUAUAUAUAGGCUCCCUUUUCCCGUUCCCAUUUUUUCCCCUGACCAACCAAUCCAUCUUUUGUUGAUAAUCCUAGUCUUCACUAACCUGUCCCAGGCUCCAAGGUAUUAGUGCGGCCUUGCAGUAAAAAGUGAUGCAAAAUACACUGAUUGACUGUUACUCUUCUAGGUGCGAAAUAUGAAUGCAUAAGCAGCAAGCCCUUACACGAUGGGGGGGGGGGGGUUGGUGGGGGAAGCACCGUGGUGAUGGUUACUGAACUUAAGCCAAGUGCUCUUGAAAACUGUUAAGACCCAUUUUCACCCAAAUCAUCUACACAGACUGUACGUCCCCAUUAUUGUCUGAACGCUUUGAUGCUCUCCUGUGUACAGUCAGUGGAUGGACUAGUCAUCAAGAGAUAUUUGUUUUUCGUCUUUCUCUUUAUAGCGCCAUUGUCGUGGAAAAUUCACGAAUGGUCGAGAAGAACCUACCUUUAUCAAAUCUGAUGGCGUGUCUGCCUCGCACUGCAGCGGAUGGACGGGAACAAAACAAGGAAAGACUCUCCACUGGAACCAAGUUCGCGCUCCGACAGUGGCUAAAAUUCCUCUACCCCCCUCCCCCAGGGAACCUUCAGAGGGGAGAUUCGUUUGAGACUGUGUUUCACAUGCUAACAAAAACUGGUCAUCAACCUAUGAAAGCCCCCUUCUGGGGUAAAUGAUCUCGAAGUCUGGAAUAAUGGAAUGUUUCAACUCUACGGAGUACCCCGUAAAUCUAGUUGGCUGUUGUGGCUGGAGAUGUCCUUUCCGCUCUUCCCCGAAUGCAGUAUAUUUUUUCACAAAAGUACUUAUUAGCAGAAACAGUGAUGUUUAACCCACCGAAAUUGAAGUAACAAACAAUUAAUGCCAUCAACAGCAGCAACAAAAGCAAUGAUUUCAAUUUUAUCGGAAACAGUCGGUUGGUUUUGUGUAUUGUGAAGUUUUCGUUUUUAAAUUAGCCAUCAAAAACCCCCCCCCAAAAAAGUGAAUUUAGGAUAUACAUUUUACGGGUGUGGUGUUAGUUUUACCUCCUC